AUGCUUCAUUCCCGCCUACGACCCCUCCCCCGCCGCAACUAUCCCACCAACACCCCCAGCGCCCCAACACCGGAAUUCCAAAACGAAGAUGUCGCCGAGAUAGAAGAGUCCCCCGAAGACCUCUUCGGGGCAUUCCUCCCCCACCUCUUCCCAGAUGACCUCCCCCUCUACGGCGACCUCGACAUCAUGGUCCCCAGCUACCCCAGCUCAAGCGAGAAACGCUCCGAAGAAAUCGCCGCCGGCCAAGCCAAGCCCGACGGCUCCGUGAACCAAGUCGACGAGGGCCGCAAGCUCUUCGCGCAUUUCCUCUGGAGCGCCGCAAUGGUCGUAGCCGAGGGUGUCGAAGAAGCCGAUACGCCAACAGCACCGGGCACCGAAACAACAGCCCAGAAAGAGGCAAGAGAGCUAUGGAGCAUCAAAGGCGAGAGUGUGCUGGAAUUGGGCGCUGGCGCCGCGCUCCCUUCUGUUAUUUGCGCCCUGGCUAAUGCUUCGGUUGUGGCUGCGACGGAUCAUCCUUCCUCGCCUGCUUUGAGUGGUGCGAUUACUUUUAAUAUUGAGCAUAAUGUGGCGAAGCGCGCGCCUCCGGUGUCUGGGUCGGUGUCGAUGCAUCCGCAUGAAUGGGGUGUGUUGACUGAUUCAUUCUCGGUGGCGAAUAAGGGGGCGUUCACGCGGAUUGUGGCGGCGGAUUGUUUCUGGAUGCGCUCGCAGCAUGAGAACCUUGCGCGCACGAUGCAGUGGUUCCUUUCGCCGGGUGGGAAGGUGUGGGUUGUUGCUGGGUUCCACACUGGCCGUACGAUUGUUGCUGGGUUCUUCGAGACUGCGCUUGAGAAUGGAUUCGUUGUGGAGACGAUCUUUGAGAGGGACUUGGUUGAGAGAUUGGAGGAUGGGGGUGAGAUUCGGAGGGAGUGGGCUCCGUUCAGGGAAGGGGAAGGAGUAGAGAAUCAGAAGAGGUGGUGUGUUGUUGCGGUUCUGAAGAGGAAAGGGGAGUAA